AAGGAACGCCAGAAAAGGUCAAUGUCGUGUCUAAAUUUUGUUGUUGAAAGUGCACAGCUUAUUUAAGUAGUGUAAACAUAUAUGGUCUCACUAUUAAAUAUCUCUUCUCAAAAUCAAGCAGCUUAUUCAACUAUAUCUUUCUUAUUUAUUGUUCAAAAAAAAAAACUCUCUCUCUCUUAAUAGCUUCAGGUCAAGGCCUAGGACGCUCUAACAGCUCUUACAAGAAAAGUUUGAAGUGAUUUCAUAUCUAAACUCAAAGUAAAGAGUAUGGAGAAGAUCGGCGGUCAUCCAUUUGAAGGUUGUAGAAAUGGAAAACAUAUGUAUUCUUCACCCAUAUUCGCGGCAGCUCCAUCGGAAAAGGGAUUGUCGGGGUUCGCGGUGGAUUUUGUGAUGGGCGGAGUGUCAGCGGCGGUGUCUAAGUCAGCUGCGGCGCCAAUUGAGCGCGUCAAACUUAUGAUACAAAACCAGGACGAACUCAUCAAGGCUGGUAGGCUUUCUCAGCCCUACAAAGGAAUUACUGACUGUUUUAACAGAACCAUCAAAGAUGAAGGAUUUGCUUCCUUGUGGAGAGGAAACGCUACUAACGUGCUUCGUUACUUCCCCACACAGGCUUUCAAUUUCGCAUUCAAGGACUACUUCAAGAGCCUUUUCAAUUUCAAGAAAGAGAGAGACGGGUACUGGAAAUGGUUCGCCGGGAAUCUGGCCUCAGGCGGCGCAGCCGGCGCUUCCUCUCAAGUGAUCGUUUACUCUCUGGACUAUGCUCGUACGCGACUCUCCAGCGAUGCGAAAUCCGUCAGCAAAGGCGGCGACAGGAAAUUUAACGGAUUGAUAGAUGUGUACCGGAAAACCUUAGCAUCCGACGGCAUCGCCGGACUCUAUCGAGGCUUCAACAUAUCACUAGUCGGCAUUAUUGUGUAUCGCGGCCUCUACUUCGGAAUGUACGAUUCGUUGAAGCCAAUCGUGCUAACUGGAAAUUUACAGGAUUCUUUCUUGGCUAGCUUCGGGCUGGGUUGGGUUGUGACAAAUGGUGCUGGGCUUGCGGCGUAUCCGAUCGACACUGUGCGAAGAAGGAUGAUGAUGACUUCUGGUGAAGCAGUGAAAUAUAAAAGCUCUUUGGAUGCGUUUUCUCAGAUUGUGAAGAAGGAGGGUGCUAAAUCUCUAUUUAAGGGCGGCGCCGCCAACAUUCUGCGUGCCGUUGCUGGUGCUGGUGUGCUUGCUGGCUAUGAUAAGCUGCAGUUACUCAUCCUCGGAAACAAGUAUGGCUCCGCUGCUGCUUGAUUCAUCACUCCUUUCACAUUCUUCUCCAUUUUUCAUGUACCAAACAUUCAAUUCAAUUCCACUCAAAUCAAUAAAUAUUAUCAAGACUAGCACCGAAGAAUACACAUUUUCGACAUUCAAUAAACUUUUUCAUUUUUU